UAUGUGGAGUAACCUUUUCAUCUGGCUUCAAUAUCCACAGAUGUAAAAAAUAAAUAGACAAGACUUUUUACAUCUGACUUCAAUGUACCAGAAGCAUAACUAAACGCGGUGGCAAUCUUGUAAUUAUGGUGAAAAUUAUCUAAAAUAUGUAUGUAUCUGGCCAUAUUUAGGCACAGAUGUAAAAUGUCAGGUUAAAUACAAAAAAAAAAAAAAAUUUGGAACAAAGGUAAAGGUAGUGUAUCUGUCUCUCUCCCAAUUAUCAAAAGAACUAAACCCUUCUUCACCUUCAAUUCGCGUACGAGCAACACUCUUCACCUUAAACCCACAGCGCCGUCCUCACCUUCAAUUCGCAGCAACCCACAGCGCCGUCCUCACCUUCAAUUCGUAGCAACCCAGCAACACCCACCCUCUUCACCUUCACGAACGAAGCAAACCCCUCUCACCUUCACGAACGAACGAAGAAGCAAAACCGUCCUCACCUUCGAUUCGCACCCAAAACGCAUCAACCCAGCGCCGUCCUCACCUUCGCAAGAACCAGCGCCGUCCUCUCUCUCAACUCACCACCAGCGCCGUCCUCUCUCUCACGAACCCUAACUCCAAAUCGAUUCAGGUAUGGAUCGUAGUUGGAUGAAAGCUAGUAGAUUAAGUGCCGAGUUUGAACGGGGAGUGAUUGAAUUUAUUCGAUUUGCUGAAAUCAAUCUUCCAUCUCCCGAAAAUAAUGAUGAAAAAAAUCUUCCUCCUAAAAGCAAUGAACAUUUUCGAUGUCCAUGUGUUAACUCCCUCUAAUAGAAAGAAAGGAAAAAAAUGGUUUCUGAAAACUCCCUCUCUUCUUCUACUAAGCACUCUUCUACUACUCCUAAAUUUUGUAACUCUUACACUACCAGGAUUUUUGCUAAUGUUGCUGGUGACAUUACAAUUGUGGUUGAUGGGGAGUCAUUUCUGCUGCAUAAGUUUCCCUUGGUUACCCUAAGUGGGAAGAUCCGAAAGAUGGUUGCUGAAGCUAACAAGGGUUCAAAUGUUUCAAAUUUGGAGCUCCUCAAUUUUCCAGGAGGACACCAGACAUUUGAACUUGCCAUGAAGCUUGAGCUUGAAAGAAGGAUAUCAUUAAGGUUGGAAAUGGUUUCACUAGAUGAUCUUCUUAUACCAUCUCUUCAGAGUGGAGACUCCUUGUUUGAUGUGGAUACAGUUCAUAGGUUACUGGUGAAUUUCUUGCAGCGAAUUGAAGAGGAAGAGACGGAAGACUACGGAUAUGAAUCCGAUGGAAUUGGUUCUAAUGGACAUGGUUCCCUGCUAAAAGUAGGACAGCUUAUUGAUGCUUUUUUAGCAGAAAUUGCACCUGAUCCUUGCUUAAGUCUACAGAAAUUCAUUGCUUUGAUUGAGAUACUUCCUGAUUAUGCUCGUGUCAUCGAUGAUGGCCUUUAUAGAGCCGUCGACAUUUAUUUGAAGGCCCAUACAGCAUUAACAGAACAAGAAUGCAAGAAACUUUGCAAGUUUAUAGACUGUCAAAAGCUGUCUCAAGAAGCAUGCAACCAUGCUGCCCAGAAUGACAGGCUUCCACUGCAGAUGGUGGUACAAGUUUUGUAUUUUGAGCAGCUGCGCUUGAAAAAUGCCAUGUCAGGAAGUUCAGGAGACGUGUUGCUAUCACAGAGAAUAAGUAGCGGUGUUCCAAGUGCAGCCAUGUCCCCUAGGGAUAACGAUGCAUCUCUGUAUUUUGGUAUUUUGCUUGACUUGUAAGACUUGUAUUUUAUUUGAAUUGUAACACUUUGGUUGAAUGUUGAAUUUUAA